UACAAUGUCAUGAUCAUUCACUCAUUUUCACAAACAUUGAUCAACUAAAGUUUCUAACUAUACACUCCCUUUUAAAUAGACAUAAAGACACACCACAAGAUAAAACCAAUAGAGAGAAACUAAGAGUAAGAAACAUGUAUAGGUUCAGCAACACAGUGAUAGGGUUCUUAAACUUGCUAACACUAUUAGCAUCCAUACCAAUAAUUGGAGCAGGAUUAUGGAUGGCAAGAAGCAGCACAACUUGUGAAAAUUUUCUCCAAACACCACUUCUUGUAAUAGGUUUUAUAGUACUUGUGAUAUCCUUAGCCGGUUUCAUUGGUGCUUGUUUUCAUGUAGCAUGUGCACUAUGGUUGUAUUUGGUGAUUAUGUUGUUGCUAAUAGCAGCACUUUUGGGUGUAACUGUAUUUGGCUUUGGUGUGACUAGUAAAGGUGGUGGUGUUGAAGUUCCUGGUAGAUCUUACAGUGAGUAUCAUCUUAUGGAUUAUUCACCUUGGUUGAAGAAAAGAAUAGAAAAUCCUAAGUAUUGGAAUACUUUAAGGAAUUGUAUUUUGGGUUCUAAAACUUGUGACAAACUUGCUUCCUGGACUCCUUUGGAUUAUAUGCAGAAUGAUAUGUCUCCAAUACAGUCAGGAUGUUGUAAGCCACCAACAGCGUGCAGCUACAACAUGGAAGCAGUGAUGCUGAAUCAAGACUCAGAUUGCUACAAAUGGAAUAAUGCACCAACGGUGCUAUGUUAUGAGUGUGAUUCAUGCAAAGCUGGUGUACUUGAAAACUUAAGAAGGAAUUGGCAUAAAUUAUCAGUUCUCAUUGUCACGAUGCUUGUUCUUCUCAUAGGGAUUUAUUCGAUUGGUUGUUGUGCUUUCAGAAACGCAAGAAGAGCUCAAACGGAUUAUCCGUAUGGUGAAAAUCGAAUGACCAAAGUUCGGCCUAGAUGGGAUUAUCAUUGGUGGAGAUGGUUGCAUGACAGGAAAGAACAGCUUUAUUAGAAGAUAAGCUCUACCAUCCAUGGAUUGUGACAAUUCACUUCUUUUUACAGUGUUUUGUUUGUUAUUUCAAGUAUCAGUUUUCUAGUUGGAUGCUUUUUUGUAUAAAACUUAAUUUUGCUUUUAUCUCAAUUAUCAUAGCAGACAAUUGCUUUAUUUUGCCUUUUUUUUUAAUCUGUGGAUGUUUUUUUAAUGCAUAAAGUAGGUUGAAUUAUACAAUGGGAUUAAAAAAGAAGAGAAAAGGCUCCAUUAUUGAAUUUUUAUCUUACAUAUAGGAUCAAAAUCUUUCAAUUAUAGUGGAUAGUUGUAUGUAUAAUUGGAGAUGUAAUAAUGUUAAAUUUUUAAAAGAAAACUAUACACAGAUAAAAAUUUCCACUUGCUAUUCUGUUCUUACUGAGGAACUCUUGCUAAAUAAUGCAAGAGAGAAUAAAUACUUAAGGAUUUCAUUAGACAUAAAUAUAAAAGACAAGAAAAAUAUCAAACUAAAAAAAAUCUCAUAGUUUUUACAUAAAAAGUAGUAGCGUAUUGUUUUCUUGCAUAUAUACCAUUUAUUUUUUUCUGAACUAGAAUCGAGAAUAGAAGAAAUAUUUGAAAAUGACCGAUACGUAGAAACUUCUAGGAUGUGAUUCUGGUGAACAUAGAAGAUACCUAUAGAAGACGCCACUUCAACACUCAAGCCAGUUUGUGUUUGAAUGAGUCAACAAAUAACAAGUGUGUCUAAAAGAAUAUUUGGGUGUGACUCAUGGUCACGCUUGUAUAGAUGAGACGAUUAGAACUAUUCCUGAUAUGUGUGGAGUGAAGACAAUCAUUGGAUGUGAUCAACGAUGGAGAUAAGGGAGGACGUCUUGCUCAUAUGUGAUGUCCAAAAGUAAAGGCCAUCUUGUGUCUUGGUACGUGGAACAUUUUUUUGCUAGAUUGGACCUAUGAAUUGGGUUAGUCAUAGCGAGCCUUUGGCCACCCAUAAUAGUUGUCCCUCAAUUCAUAUGUCUAUCAUUUCUUCCUUUAGAAUCAGGGGAGGAGUCAUAUGU